GAGCCUUGUGCAAGCUCCAAAGCUUCAACCUUCAAUAUCUAUGUUGCACCAUAAGUUCUCGUGUUUUAAGUCUUAUUUCCGUGUCCGGAAUUCCAAAACUCUAUAUUUAUAAUAGAAUCUUGUGAAACAUGUCUUUUUUCUGUUUCGGCGUUUUCAUUUAAGAAUUUCUGUUUUCGUGCUACAUAUUUAAGAGAGAGAAUUGUUCAUGAUUAGCAUAUAUACAAAUUAAUAAGUUGAAUUUUUCUUCUACUUUAACUAAUCUUCUAAAUAAUCAAGAACCAGUCCAAGUACAAGACUGGUAGAACAGUGCAAGCUCUUAAAGAAAGACCAAUGCUUUGUCUACAUUCAAAGUCAUGGAAUGUCUUCUUCUUUAGUCUCCCUUUUUGUAUUUUAGCCUCAAAGUCAAUGACAAAAGAGAGAAAUGGGCAAAUAUUUGUGAUUAUUUUGAUUCCUCCUUCCAAAUUCAAGCCUAUAAAAGGAAGAAAAAAAGAAAAACCCAGUACAUAUAGUGAGACAAUGGAAUCUCAAAAUCUCACUAGUAAUGGUGUUGGAUCAGCUCUGAUCUUUCUCGGAACAGGGAACUCGAGUGCUGUACCCCACCCUAUGUGCUUGAUCCAACCAUCUGAUCCUCCUUGCCACGUUUGCUCCCAGGCCCUCUCCGUCCCACCUGAUCAAAACCCCAACUACAGGUGCAACACAUCUCUCCUUAUAGAUUAUCAGCAGAGUAGUGAUGAACACAAAUAUAUAUUGAUUGAUGUUGGGAAGACAUUCAGGGAGCAAGUACUUAGGUGGUUUACUUUCCACAAGAUUCCACGAGUCGACUCUAUUAUUUUGACCCAUGAACAUGCCGACGCUGUUCUUGGUCUUGAUGACAUACGUAGUGUGCAAUCAUUUAGUCCUACAAAUGAUACUGAUCCAAUACCCGUAUACCUAAGUCAGUUUACCUUGGAUAGCAUUUGCUUGAAGUUUCACUACUUGACGAAGGAAAGAUUACCGGGAGCUAAGAAGAAAAAGUCGAUAGCACAGCUGGAGUGGAGAAAAAUUGAGGAAGAUUGUCAGAGACCAUUUGUUGCAUCGGGCCUACAGUUUGUUCCUUUGCCAGUUAUGCAUGGAGAAGAUUAUAUUUACUUAGGUUUUCUCUUUGGUGAAAAAGUUAGAAUAGCUUAUAUAUCUGAUGUUUCACGUUUUCCUGAAAGCACGGAAUAUGUCAUUUCAAAAGCUGGAGCUGGGCAGGUAGAUCUUCUUAUCUUGGAGGCUUCGCGCAAGAGUGGACCUCCUGGUGGUGCUCACUUCUGCUUAUCUCAGACUCUUGAAGCUUUGAAGAGACUCUGUCCAAAGCAAGCUCUUUUAACUGGAAUGGGUCACGAAUUUGAUCAUUACAAGGACAAUGAGUUUCUAGCAAAGUGGUCUAAAAGGGAAGGAAUAGCAGUGCAGCUCGCACGCGACGGCUUGCGAGUUCCUAUAGACCUAUAAUAAAGCAAGCAAGUGUUCCUUGAAAGUAGUACGUAUUAUUGCAAUCGAUGUCCUAUGUCAUUUUACAACACAUUUAUAAAUUUGUGGACCCUCUUGUAAACAUUUAUGAAAUAAUUAGAUUAAUCAAGUCAAAUUCUCAAUUCAA